AUGCGCGAUUCCGGCUCGGAACCCGACCCGGCCGUGUCGAGGGGAUGGUCGUCGGCAAGUCCGGAAAGCGAGAGCACGGAGCUUGGUUCCGACUGCACGCCUUGCUCGAAUGAGGGGUCCCUUGUAGGGGAGGAAGAGUAUGAGGAGGAGGAGAAUACAAGUUCAAACGCCAUCCAACUGGCUGAUGAUGCCAUGAAUUCCGCCGAGUUUCACCAAUCCGACGUCCAGGGGUUGACUUUGCGAUGUUGGGAUUUUGGAGGGCAGCCAGAGUACGAGAUUGCCCACGAAUUGUUUAUCUCCCCGCGUUCCAUUUUGAUGCUCGUCUUCGACCUCCGUCGUUUUGAAGACGACAACACGCGCGACGCAGAGGUGCGGGAAUUGUGCCACUGGUUUCAGAUCCUGUUCGCUAUUACCGCGGAGGAAGACGUGAAGAGCACAGCAGAGUCGUUGCUCGUCGUUGGCACAAGGAGGGACAUGUGCAAGCAUUCCGAAAACGUGCCCGAUUACUUUCAAAAGUUGAAGGAAGAGCUGACGGAAUUGCUCGACCCCGGAUUGACCAAGAGUCUCAAUUUGUUCGAGAUCCCUUGCUUUGCGAUUGAGAAUAGCAAGGCAAAGAAGAGUCCGCAAAAAUCUGGGCUCAUGGCCAUUGAGGCACAUCUGGAUUCCGUCGCGAAAAAGAUCAUCCAGCGCAGCAAAGAAGUGCCUUUGCGGUGGCUUGCUUUCCUCGAGAGUCUCCGCACGGAUGAGAUGUUGCCGGGAAUCUUUGUCAAGCAUGACAAAAUCAUGGAUCGCAUGGGUGGCCUUCAUUUCCCACCGACGGAUAUCGAUCGCAUCAAGGAACUCAAGGCGAUGCUUCUCUACUUUCGUGACUUGGGCGAAGUUGUGGUGUUUGAUUUGUCCCGCCUGACAUUGACAGCCUCGUCUGAAGACUUUGUCGUCUUUAUCCAUCCGGAGAAGAUAUUACAAGCGUUAAAAGUGAUUGUGGCCCCAAAACGAGUGCGGUGUGAAGGGCUGCUCGGCCGGAAGGAACGGGAGCGUAUGCAUCUCGGCCUGCUGACUCACAGGGUCCUGGAGAAAAAGUGGAGGGGAUUGGAAGGGCUCUCGGAGGCGAGCGAUCGCGACGUGCUAGUGGAGUUGCUCGUGAGUAUGGAUUUGUUUGUCAAACUCGAUCGGAACACACUAGGCGUGCCGGCGUUGCUAAAAAGCGGAUGGGAGACGUGGGGAUGGAUUGAAGCUGGAUCAGACCGAAAGGAGGUGGCGGCGGUGACGACGUUUGAAAACUUUGUGCCGUUUGGGCUGAUCGGAAGGUUGAUUGCUCGCAUGUAUCGGACGAUCGGAACAGAGAAUACCGACGUGCAGUAUGUGCGGUCGAAUGCAGUUCUGUUGACGAUGGGGUCGGACGUGACGCAAGUGUUCAUGGGGUUCGACAACACGGCGCGCGAAUUGCAUUGGAAGGUUCGUGCCGACUCGCACAAUUUUCAACUGCUCGGGCGGUGCCUGACGGUGUUCGAGGCGCACAUGCGGGAGCGGAUCAACAUGCAGAUGUGCGGGUUCCGGCACCACUUUGUGACCGAUUGCCCAAAGGGCUGCAACAAGAUGAAGUUCCGUCUCAUGUUCGACAUCCCGUCGCUCGCCAAGCACCGACAAACCGAGGAGGGGGACGUGGAAGUGGCAUGGUGGGACGUGAUGGAUCUGGACGUAGAGAGCGUGUCGCGGUUGUGCAAGCCAGCGCUGUGCCGCAACGGAAACUGCGCCAACGUGUUCCGGUACACCGACGCGAUGACGAUCAGCGUGCCGUCCAACAAGCCUGGGGCGGUGCGGACGGGGGUACCCGACCAGUACGCGGCGUUCAUCAGCCACGCGGGGACAGACAAGGAGUGGGCCGUGUACCUGGCCGAGGCGCUGGAGCGCAAGUGUCUGCGGACAUUUGUGGACCGUCUGGAGCUGAUCUGCUCGUCGGAGACGGGCGACGAGCUGAUGGAGAAGGCGAUCCAGACGGCGCGCGUCGGGGUGUUCAUCACCUCGCCCGAGUUCUUCGCGCGGCGAUACACGAUGCACGAGAUGCGCACGUUUCUCAGGCGCAACGAGACGUCGGACGCGAACGAGAAGGUGGUGAUUUACCCCAUCUUUCACCGGCUGUCGUACAACGAGGCGUCGUCGGGCGACCUGGCCUCGCACGAGCAGUAUGCGCCGCUCUUCCGCGAGGAGGGCUUCUUCACGGAGAAGCGGCAGGACGCGUGCUCGACGCAGGAGGCGCUCGCGGCCAUGCAGAGAAUGUCGCGCUACCCAGGGCUCGAGAAGAAGCUCCCCGAGCUGCACAACACGGUGUUCCGCAAACACCCCUGGACGUACCGCGGGCGCAUGGUGUGGCGGUCCAUGUGUAACGCUGUGAAUGCGCAGAUGGGCUACGAAUUGGUAGACCAGGAGCUCUGCGGAUGCACGACGGCAGAGAUGUUCGACUUCGCCGCUGAGAGAAUCGCCGCCGCGUACCACAAGACGCACACCAGUGCGGACGGGGGAUGAGUGGGUCGCGGGCGGUGGAGGGUGGUAGGCUUUGUGGAUAGGACUGAUACAUAUGCGGGGGCUGCGGGGGUAGGCACACCACGGUAUUUAUUAAACUAACGACAACAGGCGUGUGCAAGCCUCCGUGU